GCUGGGAGGUGGCGGCGGGGCGGCGGGACGGGGAAGAUGGCGGCGGCGGCGGAGGAGGCGGCGGCGGUGGCGGCGGGGCGGCGCUGAGGAGGCCCGAGGCGGGCUGAGGAGUGGCGGGGCGGGCGGGCGGGGGCCCAUGUGUGGCGGCGGCCCCCCCCCGCCCCCCACUACCGGCGGCGGCGGCGGCGGCGGCCCCUUCGGAGCCAGGCGCCGCUGAGGCGGCUCCGCGGGCACAGAGCGAGCGCGGCCCCUGCCCGGCGGCGGCAGGAUGAAGUUCGCCGAGCACCUCGCAGCGCACAUCACCCCUGAGUGGCGGAAGCAGUACAUCCAGUAUGAGGCUUUGAAAGAGAUGCUAUAUGCAGCUGUGGACCAGGCCCCUUCUAUAGAAGACACAGAUGAGGACACAGUGAAAAGAUGUUUUGCCACGUUUGAAGAGAAGUUCUUCCAAACCUGUGAGAAAGAACUUGCCAAAAUCAACAUUUUCUAUUCAGAAAAGCUUGCAGAAGCUCAGCGCAGGUUUACUACUCUUCGGACUGAGUUACAAUCAACUUUGGAUGCACAGAAAGAAGCCAGUGGGGUUUCCACACUGCAGCGGCGCAGAAAGCCAGUCUUCCACCUGUCCCAUGAAGAGCGAGUCCAGCAUAGGAAUAUCAAAGAUCUGAAAUUGGCCUUCAGCGAGCUCUACCUCAGCCUCAUCUUACUGCAGAACUAUCAGAACCUGAACUUCACCGGCUUCCGCAAGAUCUUGAAGAAGCAUGACAAGAACUUGGAGACGGCGCGGGGAGCAGAAUGGCGGGUGGCUGAGGUGGAGGUGGCACCUUUCUACACUUGCAAGAAGAUCAACCAGCUUAUCUCCGAAACAGAGGAAGUGGUGACCAAUGAGUUAGAAGAUGGGGACAGACAGAAGGCUAUGAAACGUUUGCGUGUUCCACCCUUAGGAGCAGCUCAGCCUGUACCAGCCUGGACUACAUUCAGGGUUGGAUUGUUCUGUGGGUUGUUCGUUGCACUGAACGUCACUGUCAUACUUUCAGGUGUGGCUUUUAUAGAUGGACCAAAUGUGUGGCCACUGGUGAGAAUCUAUCGAGGUGGCUUUCUCCUGAUAGAAUUCCUCUUUCUCCUGGGUAUCAACACAUAUGGCUGGAGACAGGCUGGAGUGAAUCAUGUCCUCAUCUUUGAACUCAAUCCCCGCAGCAACUUGUCCCAUCAACAUCUCUUUGAGAUUGCUGGUUUCCUGGGCGUUUUGUGGUGCCUGAGCCUGCUGGCAUGUAUAUAUGGUAAAUUCACCUACAUCCCUAUGCAGGUGAAUCCACUCAUCUUGUAUGGCUUCAUGUUGCUUUUUCUCAUCAACCCUACCAAAACCUUAUAUUACAAGUCCCGUUUUUGGCUGCUCAAACUAUUGUUUCGAGUGUUCACUGCUCCCUUCCACAAGGUAGGCUUCGCAGAUUUCUGGCUGGCUGAUCAGCUCAACAGCCUGGUCGUAAUACUCAUGGAUCUGGAAUACAUGAUCUGCUUCUACAGCUUUGAGGUUCAGUGGGAGGACAAUGCUGGACUUCUGGCAAAUACAGAUAAUCAGAUUUGUUACAGCUACUCCUACGGAGUGAGAGCGGUUGUCCAGUGCAUCCCUGCUUGGUUGCGAUUCAUCCAGUGCCUGCGCCGUUACCGUGAUAACAAACGGGCCUUUCAUCUGGUUAAUGCUGGAAAAUAUUCCACCACCUUCUUUGUGGUGACAUUUGCAGCCCUCUACAGCACUCACAAAGCUAAAAACCACAGUGACACCCAAGUGUUCUUCUACCUGUGGAUUAUCUUCUAUUUCAUCAGCUCUUGCUAUACCCUAAUUUGGGACCUGAAGAUGGACUGGGGUCUCUUUGACAAAAAUGCUGGUGAAAAUACCUUUCUUCGAGAAGGAAUUGUCUACCCACAAAAAGCAUACUACUACUGUGCCAUUGUAGAAGACGUGAUCCUGCGUUUUGCGUGGACCAUCCAGAUAUCCCUCACUUCCAUGCAAAUCUUUCCAUACGCUGGGGAUAUCAUUUCUACUGUAUUUGCCCCACUUGAGGUAUUCCGGCGGUUUGUGUGGAACUUCUUCCGCCUGGAGAACGAGCACUUGAACAACUGUGGUGAGUUCCGUGCUGUGAGGGACAUCUCCGUGGCACCGCUCAAUGCCGAUGACCUGACACUCUUGGAUCAGAUGAUGGACCAGGAAGAUGGUGUACGAAAUCGCCGCAAGAACAAACAGUGGAAGCGCAGCCAGAGCGUGUCCUUGCGCAGGCCUCGUCUUGCUUCACAAUCCAAGGCUUCUGACACUAAGGUAUUGAUAGAGGACCUAGCAAAUGAAGUGAACACAUGAGAUGGCCACGGUCUCUUAUUCUGCAUCCGUUGUUUUCUCAUUCUGUUCCCCUCUUCCCCAAGUAACCCAAUCUCUGGUACAGUUCCAACUGAAAAUAGGAGAAAACACUGAACAUGUUUUCCGAGCUCUUCCAAACCAGAUCCUAUGGACUCCAACAAGCUCACUGUGUUUCAUUUCUUUUCUUCUGGGUUAAUUUUAAUGUUCUAUUUUAAAAAAAUAAAAUAUUUUACUUUGUUUUGCCAAUAAAGAGGACAGUUCAGGAAAGAAGGAUUGUUUACAGUCUCAACAAGGACAUACAAACCUAUCUGGAUAACGAAGCAUCAUAGGGACUCCCUCAUGGGACAGUGCCGAGAGCACACUCGGUUUCUGCUUGGCCCGGUUUUGACUGGUUGAAACCGGACUUAAGUUUUUAAAUCUGAUUUUGUUUGUUUGUUUUGGGUUUUUUCCUUCAUAUCCAGCGCUGAGGCACUGGCUGCACUUGCAGGGAAAGUGCACUUAGAGCAGUAUCUUCAUUCAUGAAGCUACUUUUUAAUUUGAUGUAACUUUUCUUAUAAUUUUUUGGAAAUAUGAUGUAUCUGUUGCAUAUAGUUUUCACAUUAUUUAUGAAACUUAACAACCAUAUGAGAGUGAUUUUGAGUCCUGUGCAAUGAAGGUUGUAAUGGUAAAACAAAGCUGGGAAUAUAGAUGUAGAUCUCCAGGGCUGUGGAGUUAUGCCCUGCAAAUACCCCUCUCGUGAGAAAACUUUCACCUGUGUUUUACCUUUUCUCUCUCUCUUUCUUUUCAAUUUUAUUUUAUUUUAAACCAAAGUUUCUCUUUCUGAUUUUUUUUAGUUGCUGCUACCGCUUCUGGGCAUGUCUUGUGCAUACUCAAUGCCAACUUUCCAUGCAGCUGUGUGAAAGUAGUGCAGAUGAUCCUAAGGCCCUUUUGAAAGGAGAGUUGGGUCCUACCAACAGUGCAAAAAAGCUAGGUCAACAAAGGCUUCAGAACUUCAUUCUUCAGAUCAAAAAGUAUUUUUCGAAGCCUUAAUAAUCCUUAAAUGGCACAAGGGCAUCCCAUACCGAGCAGGGGGCUCUUCUGGUGUUCUCCUGCAGCCCAGGGCACCAAAGCGGGACAAGGCAAGGAGGUGAUGGUGGGCUGGGAGAGCUUAGCAGGCUGGGGUUCAGGAGUGCUGGGGUGUUAGAGAGCUGCUGCAGAGCAUGGAAAGGACUGUGUUGUGCCCCCCUGAUGGGGAAGGUGAAAUUGAAAACAGCUCUCCUUGUGGUUUCUGAUUUGGCAAAAAGCCUCCAUUGGGCGCUAGCCUUGUAUGCUGCCCUGUGGCUUGGCUGUUACUUGUGCUCCUUGCCUUGUCUCACUAGAGCCCCACUGUCCUUCCCCUAGCACAAUGUGCGCUCCCUGCCCUCUCGCAGCAGUACUCGUGGUGGAGCUGGAGCUGAGCCUCACAGGCAGGACUGCUGGUGCUGGGUUGGGUUGACAUGCCUGAGGUCCCCAGGACUGCUGCCCUCCCCUCAGCCUGGCUCACAGCUAGGACCGCAAGGCAGGGGUGAAACUCUUGAAUUAGGAUCCUCACACUGAUAUCUGUCUGGUGACUCUAGUCACCCCCCAGUUUGGGCAAUGGAAUUUUAGGAAUCUCUGCUCAGUUGCUGUUUGGUGGUUUGUUUUUUGAUUAGCUAACAGCAUGGUUUCUCACACGACUGGUACGUUGCAUUUUUUCAGUUUGCCUGCUGUGCCUCUUACCCAGAGGAACUGAAGAAGGAAACUUAGCUCUCUUCAUUUAAUUGGAAAUAGAUUGUUCGAAUUCAUUGGUGAUGAACCUGUGGCCCAUGCCAGGCGAAGGGCAACACUGCAAGCCUGUACCUACCUACACUUCUGUGAUGUGCUCUCAGCUUACAGAGAAGCUGUGAGGGACCUGCUGGGAGAUGCCAACCACUGCUCUGUCAGUGGUUGGGUGGUGGCAUAGCUGGCGUCUGUUGUGGUGCUCCUCCUCGCAUCUCCUGCCACGUCGGUCUGCACUGGCAGGAGGGCAGCUGGACUAGCCAGGGUUGUGCUGUUCCACCUUUCUGUGCCCAGGAGCCUGUUUUCCUGUAUUUAACUCCCUUAGGUCUGUUGUUCAUACUUAAACAGAGGGUUCCUGUUCAUAUGGAAGUGGAGUCUGAGAUAUAAGGCCCUUAAAAUAUUUCCGUUCCCUAGUUUGCAUUGCAGCAGUUGUUGCCAUGUCCAAACCUUUGAUAGGUGUUUCCAGCGAGGGUGGUGGGAGAUGAGUGAAGCUGUACCUACCCAGGGGAGUUCUAGAGGAGGGCAGCUGCCCCAGGAGAACAAUCCAAAAUAAGCCAGUGGCAUUACUUAAGCACGUGGUUCUUUGUAAACAGAAACAGUUUUAUUGGCAAUUCUUCCUUUCAGAGGGAAGGAAAAAUACAGAGAGAGAUUUUGAAGUGAUGCCAAUCCGCUGGGAGCACUCUGCCUUCCUCAGCUGGGCUGGGAGGAGCAGGCAUGGCUGGGUGGCCUGUGUCCUGCCUGCCUGCUGCUGCAUUGUCCCACCGCCUGCUUCCCAACCUGGCAGGGAGGGUCAGGUUGCAAGUAACUAAACUCUUAUUCUGUAGCUUACCCAAAUCUUUAUGGGAAACAAGAAUUCUGUCUGCCUGUUCUGUUCCCUGCUCUGCUCCUUCCCUUCCCUUUUUCUCUGUCUUUGCUGGCAGGAGAAAUCAGAAAAAAAGGGGAGGUGACAUGCUACAGCUAGCAAACAUUAUGUCCUGAAAUAAAACAUUGUCCCUUUUGGCAGUGAAGAUGUUCUCUCAGGGGAGAGUGGCCUGAAUUCCCAGAGGCAUGGCUUGUAAAGGCUCCCAGGGCCCUGGCGCUGGAUCUGCCUGUUCCCUCCCUCCCAGAGUUUUCUAAGAAAUCAGGCGUGCAGAUUCCUCCUGAGGGCGAGCGCUAAAGCCAGGAUGGCUCCAAGUCUACGAGAACAUCUGGCCAAUAAAGGGAGACCUAAUGAAGCAGAGCAGAUGGUGAGAGAAAAUAGCCCCAUCGAUCCUUGUGAUCAGCCUGUGCGAGGGCGGCAGGGACAGUCCGGGGUGGCUUCGCUUUGUGAUCUGGCUUUGCUAAUGGGUGCUUGGAAACACUCCUGGAGGGAGAGCAGCAGGGUGACAAUCUAGAAUUAUGGAGAGCACAGUUCAAAGGAGCUGUUUUGGGGGGUUUUAUCCAACCCUUUAGUUGCUGGGAUAUAGCUGGAUGGAAAUUGGAAGCUGAGCCAGAUCUGUGCUCUGGCCGCUGCGAAGCAAUGCUGGCUUUCGGGUGUUGAUUUCCCUCUCUUUGUGGAUUCAGUGCAAAGGUUGCCAGAGGUAGUGGUUGUGUGUGGCUCUGGCAAUGAUGUGGAAGCUGCUUUGGUCUGGCUGUGAAACCCUUGCAGAUGGUCCCAUCUAAAAGGAAGAGAUGUCACAGUGUGGCCGCUGACAUUUGGAGAUUCCCUUUGGACUUAGGUCUCCAUGCUCAUUCCCUGCUGCUUUCCAUUCUUCCUGCUCUUCCAGGGAUUUUGGGGUUGCAGGAGGGUAGGAUUUUCAGCAUCCAGAGUUUAUUUGCUGGCUGGAGUUCCCUGCAUGGCUUUGGGAGUGUGUCACUAGAAACGCCAGGUCCCCCUGUUUGGGGAAGGCUAUGCCGUGUGCUGUGGGUGCACACUCCUGGAGGGGCAGUGGGGCAGGCUUGGGCUUUAUGGACCUGGCAAGCAGGAGCAGGAGUUGCUCCAUCAGUGGGAACUCAUGCUGUCCUACCACAUUAUAAAAGAAACACAUUUGCAGUGCUCAUGGCUGCAGCCUGUACGAUUCAAAUAAGCUCCUACCUCUCAAAUUCAGGCGCAUUCCCAAAGUCAGCUGUUGCUCAUCCUAUGCCUUUCCCAGCCCUGCUCCUGGCCCUCCUUGUUCUGUCCGUGUCUUUGCUUUUUGUUUGAAGUCAAUGAUACGCAGGGUGUGAAGGGGCGACUGCCAGCAGCCUUCAGCAUGAACAUCUUUGGGGAGGGAAAAGUCUUUUGUGGAGCAGAGUUGGAUCUUGCUGCUCUUACUUCCCUAAUAAUUAACUUGUGCUGCUUGUUCUGCCUCCUCGACGGUGCUCAGCCACUGCGGCCAUGAGGGAGGCAGGGAGGGAAAGCACGGGCCUGGCUCAGGAGAUAACGAUCCCUGGGGAUUUUACUGUGGAUCUUCCAAGGAGCAAGGGAGAUAGUGCAAAGCCUUUGAGUUUUGUCUGUGUUUUGAACAGCCGAGUGAAUUUGGCCUCAUCCUGCAAGGAUGCUGCUGCAUGCUGCUUGCCAUGACUCAGUGUGUGCCCCAGGCUUUGGGGGGGUUUGUGGCCCUGAUGUUGGACCCUGGAAUGGGGCAUGGCUUGGCUCCCAUUGGGAACACAACAGCCACUUUGCUCGCACAUUACAUCCUGGCCCUAUUUCCUCCCUCCUCUCCUCUACUGUUCUGCUUUGCACUCACAGGGGGAAGAUGAUCAUCUGCCUUAAGCAUAUUUUUUUUAACUUACAUUUUUAUUCCAGAAGGUGAUCUGAUUGUUUUGUCUCCUUGGAAAAGAGGGGCUGGGGCUCCUGGGGGAAGAGUGGAAAAAUCCCUACAGUAACUCUGCAGCAGUCACAGCUGGGCUCAGUGGCUGUCACCUCAUCAAACCUUGCCUCCUUUACAUGACACCAUCACACCUUGGGACAAGCUGUCAACAUGCCACCACUAUGGGGUUAAACUGAUGUAUCAGCAUCCCUCGGGGGCCUCAGUCUCUUCUGCAGCAUCCUGGCUGCAAGACAAAUGCAGGUUUUGCAAGGGAGGAGAGAAAAGGAAUGGUAAUAUUGGGUGCACCCAGAUGCUGAUGCUCAAGCCCUUUUCUCAGUUGGAGUUGGAGGCUGCUCUGGCCCUGGCACAACUGUGCCACAGUGGGCAAGAAGCGCCAACCCUGACUGGGGAGGUGCCCCAUGGCCUGACAGUCCCCCAAGCUCUAGAAACCAAAUUGUAAACUCUUUGCUCCAGAGGAGAAAUUGGGCAGCCUGGUAGAACUUGUGAUGACCUCUCUGUCCCAUAGGUCCUCCUGGUGAAGGAUCGGCGUUUGGAAGGGGCCUGGGGUGGAAAUGGUGAAGUUCCCCCCUGGUCCCGCUGCCACCUUCCUCUCCCCCUCCCCUCUGUGUUGGUCAAAAUGAUCUUUCUAUGAAGCCCUGUAGAUGUCAAAAGUAAUUAUGGAGUGUGAUUAGUCCUCUGUGGGUGCUUUCUUUCUUUCCUCCUCCCUUCUCUUUUGCUAUCCCCUUCUCCACUCUUCUUUUUUGGCUAAGUGGAAAAGGUGAGGACAAAGAAUUGCUGCUUGCUUGGACUCCUGAUGUAUCUGUGACUGCGCUAUUAGCUGUCUCCUCUUUCCUCCCCAAAUGGAUAUAAUUUUUGAAGUGUGGAAUACCCUUCUUGAUAAGUAGGUUUUAAAAAAAAAUUAAUGCACAAUGUGAUACUGUUUCAUAGUUUCUAGGUGGUUGUAUAAAGCAAAGUUACUGUGAUUGUGUUUUUCAAAGGAAAAAGUGAUUGGUUACGAAAUCUGUCCUUUUUUCAUUAUUACAAGCUCUUUGUUUUCCAAUGA